GGGUUCAAAUCCCACAGCCGUCAAAUAUUUUAAAUAUUUUCAUUAAACCGAACCCUCUAGCUUACACAGCAGGUUAAUAUUCUUGCAUCACUAUAUAAACACGUAACUUUGAAUAGUUCUUCACUUCUCCCGCCGUCUCUUGCGCCAAACUUCAUCUCCCUCGGAUCUAUUUUCUCUUCCUCUUCUCGAAUCCCAUCAGCGCGAUCGAAAAUGGCAGUUCACACAACUCUCUCAUAUCGUUUCUUCCUCUCAAUAGCAUUACUAUCCAUCCUCGCGGCGGUUUCCGAACCAACAGAUCUCACCACAGAGCUCGUUUCCCUCCGAUCCUCCUCCGAAUCAGGCGUGAUCCGCCUCAACGACGUAUCAAAAUUCAUAACCUCCGUAGCCACUCCCAGACCUUACUCCCUAAUCAUCUUCUUCAACUCCAUCGAUCUCAACAGCAAUCCCCUCCAGAACUUCCGCCGCGAGUUCGGAUUCGUCUCCGCCUCUUUCAUCUCCAACAACAAAAACAGAUCCGACGUAACAAACAAGCUCUUCUUCUGCGAGAUCGAUUCAUCCGACUCAGAGUCCUUCCACCGCUUCGGCAUCCAAUCCCUCCCGCAGAUCUGCCUCGUCGAUCCCUCCAUGGAGAAUCUCCGACACCACGAGCGAGGCAUGAUGGAGGAAGCCGACGUCGACGGAACCGCGGAGUCCGUGGCGGAGUUCGUCGAGAGCCGAACCAAACUCACCGUCGGUCCGAUCCACCGCCCGCCUCUCCUGUCCAAGACGCAGAUCGGCGUGAUCGCAUCCCUAAUCGCGAUCUCGGCUCCUUUCCUCAUCAAGAAGUUUCUAAAAGGAGAAACGUUUCUCCACGACAGUAGGUUCUGGCAAUACGGCGCCGUUUUGGUCUACUUCUUCAGCGUCUCGGGUACCAUGCACAACAUCAUCAAUAGCAUCCCUAUGUACCUCAGAGAUCCCGAGGAUUCGAACAGGCUCGUUUUCUUCUACGAAGAACCGGAAAUCCAGCUCGGGGCGGAGGCGCUUUCGGUUGGGCUUUUGUACACUGGGGUUGGGUUGCUCUUGGCGUAUGUCACUGACGCGCUUGUGCGUGUUAGGAAUGUCAAUGAGCAGAGGGUGGCUAUGGUGUUGGUUAUGGUUGUGUCGUUCUUGGCUGUGAAGAGGGUUGUUUACUUGAAUAACUGGAAGACUGGGUAUCAGAUUCAAAUGUAUUGGCCAUCUAGUUGGCAGUGAUGAUGGAACCUUUUACCUUGAGAGACAAAUAAAGGAAGAAGUGAAGAAGAAGUUGCAAGGGCCUUUGUGAAUCACUAUUACCAUCUCUUUGACAAUGAUCGAUCUUCUCUUUCCACUCUCUACAAUCCCACCUCGUUGCUUACUUUCGAGGGCCAAAAGA